AUCGACCAGAGAGCCAGUCUCUGCUCUCAUCAUCACUUCAUCUCCACAAUUCUGCCAGCAAAAUAUUCAUAGGUUCAGUAAGCAGGAUGCCCGACGAACCCCAGAUCUGGCAGCAUUCCCGUCUGGUCGACAAGGCUGAGGUUGAGAAAUCGGGCUGUUUCACCACCCUGCCGGUCCGAAUCAGCCUCUACGACGAUGUUGCGGAUAGUACAGCCAAACAUGGCAAUCGCGUCUGGCACUGGUUUAUCGGAGAUGGAGUGGAUACCGCGACGAGUGAGACGUCGAGUCCUGUUGGUAAUCUGUGCAGUUUUCUUUUUCCUGAGUGCGCUCCGGGGAGAGUGGAAGCGAUGGCGCAUAUCAAUGAGUUGUUGCUUAUUCAGAAAGAUAUACUCAAUGACGGUGGCGACUGCAAAGACAAAGAUGCAGCAGUUGCGAACCAGAAAAGCCCCAGGGCUAGCGAGGCCACCAAGAUCGUACAAAGACUCUCGAUUUACUUCUUGCGGGCUGCCCAAAUCGACCACAGUGCAGGAACUGACAUUCUUGAGAUGUACAAGCGCAGCUGGCGACAAGAUGCAGAGUCAGAAGAUCUGAGCAAUGUUGACAGUUUUAGCAGCCUCUUUAUGAUGCGGCGGGCGAAGGCUGGCUUCAACUUAUACUAUUUCCUACUGGCAUUUAGCCAGGAAUUCAAGCUUAGUGCACUGGAUUGGGCAACAAUGAAUGAUCUCUUGUAUCUAUUCGAGAUGGCCAUGUUGCACAUCAGUGACCUUUAUGGCUGGCAAAGGGAGAAGCAAUCAGGCAAUGAUUGGGCCACCAACUUCAUUCCUUUCUACAUGCGGAUGGAGAAGAUGACGGAGGACCAGGCGAUGGAUAAGAUGAGGGAAACAAUUAUUAACUAUGAGAAACGCUUCAUCGCUUCCAGAGAGCAGCUAUACACCCGAGGGCUUCUUCCCUUUCAUCUGCGUCGGUGGGCCGAAGUGUGCGGUGCAGCUAUUGCAGGGUAUCACUACUGGUGCGCCAACUGUCCUCGGCUCAACCAGCGAGAUGAGCAGGGUGAUGUGUCCGACAAGCAAUCGGCUGUGGUUGAGACUCCGCCGUCGACAGACGCAGAACCCGCUGUGCAGGGCGAAACGGUGCUCCCAUACCUACCAGCCAAGCCUUAUCCGGACACGGAAGUUCCCAACUCCCCCAAACCCUCUCGCCAUGGCAAUUUACUAGAUGAUUCCGCCCUUCUAGGCCCAGUCAACUACAUCCAGUCGCUUUCCUCCAAGAAAACUCUGACCAAAUUAAUGGAAGCAUUCAACGUCUGGCUUCGCAUCCCCGACGAGCAACUCUCCCUAUUAAGUCAAGUCGUGGAGGAUCUCCACAAUGCCUCGCUCAUCCUCGACGACAUCCAAGACGAAUCCGAACUGCGACGCGGCCACGCAGCCACCCACCUCAUAUACGGCGCCCCGCAGUCCAUCAACAGCGCCACGUACAUGAUCACCCGCGUCUCACGACUUCUUCAGACUGAAAACAAUGCCCUGAUCCCCAUCUACCUCGAGGAACUCGAAAAGCUCUUCAUCGGUCAGAGCUGGGAUCUGCACUGGAAAUUCCACAAAAGGUGUCCCUCGGAGGAAGCAUACUUCGAGAUGGUCGACAAGAAAACCGGGGCACUCUUCCUAAUGCUCCUGCGCUUAAUGCAAGUGUCCUCUCCCGUCUCCACUUCCUUCGAUAUCACCCACUUCUGCCGACUUAUGGGCCGAUGGUACCAAGUCCGAGACGACUACAUGAAUCUGCAAAGUACCGAUUACUCCAACCUGAAAGGGUUCUGUGAAGAUCUGGAUGAGGGGAAGUUCUCCUAUCCUGUGAUCCGGGCCUGCAAUACCAGUUCCUCCGCACAGGAUAUCAUCCUCGGUGCAUUUCAGGCCCAGCAGGGUUCUUCGGACAAGUUGGCGCGUGCCACCAAGCUCCAGAUCCUGCGGUUGAUUGAUAGCACGGGGGCUCUGGAUCAUACGUGGAAGCUGGUCCGGGAUUUGCAUAGAGAGAUUGGUGCGGAGAUUGGUGUGUUGGAAGGGAAACUCGGUGGGAAUCCGAUGUUACGGGGGAUGAUGAAAGCGCUCGGGAAAGUGCCUGCACCGGAUGUGUUGUGAGACGUUGAGCAUCUUGGUCAUCUCUUUCCUUUUCUAAUGUCCUGUAGGAACCUUGCCGUAGAUGACAAGGCAAAUUAAAAUCCAAAGAAACAACCAGACAGAAAG